GAGUUGACGACAAGACCCGGAAGUGAGAGCAACGUCACGCUCAACAUCUGAACGGUUGCGGCGGCUUCUCAUCUCCCAUUUGUUAGUUUAGUUGGAAGUCCGGUCACUUCUUAAACUUGCUUCAUCUGCCACCAUGUCUGUUUUGUGUUAUAAUAAAGGAUGCGGACAGCGAUUUGACCCAGAAAACAACCCUGAAGAUGGCUGCACGUAUCACCCAGGAGUCCCGGUGUUCCAUGAUGCCUUGAAGGGAUGGUCCUGCUGUAAGAGAAGAACCACCGACUUCUCUGACUUUCUCAGCAUUGCUGGUUGUACAAAAGGUCCCCACAACAAAGAGAAGCCCCCUGAGCCGGUGAAACCAGAAGUGAAAUCGUCAGGAGAAAAGGCAAAAGAUUUAGAAGACCAAAAACCGAAGUUCAAUGAGUACAUCAUCUCUGCACCAAAACCUCAGGAGGCAAUACUCCGACCAAGUGCCGAUGAGCCGAUGGUGAGAGUACAGCAUAAAGUUUCUGCUUCUCUAAAGCAGGCACUUGAAAAGCUAAAACUGUCUGAAAAUACAACAGAGAAAAAAGAAGAAGAUGAAGAGGAGCUCAAAAUUGGUACCUCUUGUAAAAAUGGAGGAUGUACAAAAACUUUUGAAGGACCAGAAAGUGACUCUGAUAUCUGCUCAUACCACUCUGGAGUCCCCAUCUUCCACGAAGGGAUGAAAUACUGGAGCUGCUGUAAGAGGAAAACUUCAGACUUCAACACUUUUCUUUCCCAAGAGGGCUGUACCAAGGGGGCUCAUCUAUGGAAGAAAAAAAACAUGGGAACCAAGGUGGUCCCUUGUCGCUUUGAUUGGCACCAGACGGGGGCGCAGGUCAUCAUUUCUAUUUACGCCAAAAAUGCUGUCCCAGAGUUGUGCUAUGUGGAAGCCAACAGCACCACUGUCAACAUUCAUGUUAUAUUUGAAGGAGAGAAGGAAUUUAAGCAGAACAUUAGCCUGUGGGGAGUGAUAGACGUCAGCAAAAGUGUAGUGAACAUGAUGGCAGCUAAGAUCGAGAUAGCCAUGAAAAAGUCUGAGCCGAUGUCCUGGGCUCGUCUGGACCUGCCCCCGCCUGUCAGCCCUCCCAAGGAGACAGAGAAGGUUCAAGAAGAUAGUGGGGAUGAAGAUGAUUAGCUUUCCAAUCAAAGGCUUCAUGUCCCACCAUGUCGUUUGCCUCUUGAAAAAGUCUCUUCUAUUUUUUUAGCAUUCACUGUUUGCUCCCAUUAUCAUUAUUCUGAGCUUCUAUGUGUUAUUGUUUUGAAGUGUAAGUAUUUCUCAACUAUACAUGUACGCAUUUUUACAAUGAAAAAAUGGCAGAAUUGGUCAAUCUUUAUUCUUAUGGGAUUAGAACUCACCUGUAUGUUUGCUCUGAAGUCCCAGUGGAAAACAACCUUGCACAGCUCAACAACAGUCAGGCAGCCCUUCUUCAUGUCGCCUGUUUGCAUCUGAUCAUAGUGAACCAGAGUCGUAACUUAUUGUUUGCUCUUUUCAUCAACGAUUAGUUGUCAUUCCAUUUGUAUGUUUUCAUUCCAUCCUUAGAUUUUUUUUUCAUCCAGUCAGAGGUGAGUAAAUGCUGCUCACAAAUGGUCCUGUAUAACAGAGCUGCUCUGCACCUUAAAUUAAAAGUUUGAAUUACUUACAUUUUCAAAACAUGCUUCAGUUAUUAGGCAUCCACUUUUUUUGAAAUUUAAGACGAGUUUUUUACACUUUUGCUUUUUGAACCUCAUCACUAUUUCAUUCAGUACAAUUUAGUAUGGUUUCAAUCAGAAUAUGCUAGAACAUCUGGGAAUGCCAACUGAAUACUAAGUAUUUUGAACAAUGUAUUGUAUUAUGAAAUGAUACUCAAGAGAGCAUGUGUCUUGCCCUGGAAUGUAUGUCAUUUCUCUGGCUUCAUUUGAUCCGGAUGAGGGUAAAACUAUUAAAGAAGUUGUUUAUUUUCACCAAAAAUAAACAAAACUGUAACAUCCA